AUGGCAAGCCAUGGGAAAGGAGUCUUCUGGCGGGAUGAAGAGGUUGAGACCCUCCUCGAACUGAUCGCACGCUCGGGAAAGUCCGAGCGUGUUAUGAAGAGCACUCAUUUGCCCACCAAAGUGAUUUUUCACAAACUGGCAAGGCAAAUGAGUGCUCGUGGAUACCCUCGGACCCCCGAGCAGUGCCGAUCCAAAUUUAAGAGGGUCAAGGGGGAUUUCUAUGGGGCGCUUGAGGCAUGGCAAGGAAUUCCUCGCCAAAGCGGCAAGCCCCCAUACUUUUCAAACAUGAUGAACCUCUGGGAUCUUGCCGGGAGGCCGAGCUGGCAAACCAGACGUCAUGCCGCUGUUCUCCGUGGAAGAGAGGCCACCCAACGUGCAGCGGAGGGUGAACAGCAGGAGGCCCUGGACAUCACCCCAGGAAACAUCUCCACCGAGGAUCCCCUCCCUCCAACUGCAGACACACCAUCUGGUGAACAGACAGGGCAAGAAGCUGAUGAGGAGGGUCUUCCCUCCACAAGUGGCACACCAGCACCCCCAGCAAGACAGAGGAGAAAAACCCUUGAUGACGUUCUCUCAGCUGUGGAGGGGCUUGAACAAAGACUGGGCUCCUCCAUAAACCAAUUGCAGGAGAGAAUGACCGCGGUGGAGGGCCGUGUCAGAAGGUUGGGUAGAAGGGUGACCGCUGUCGAAAGGAGAGAACGCCAAGACGCCCGUCCCACAGCGUCAUGAUUGAGCUAUUUCUGGGACUCCUCACUGUAUAUAGUUUAAGAUAUGG